CCGGGGCUGAUGGAUGCCAGGGAGUGCCGCAUUGCUUAGCGUCCCCGCCUCCGGGUUUGCUGGUAGGAGCCCGCGGCUCUUCUCUCUUGCUUUGGGGUUUUGUAGAAAAGACGCUCUCUCCCCGCCCUGGAGCUCAGCGCUGAAGAGCCACCUUAUUAUUAAUCAGAAUUCCCAUCGUUAUCCCUGGCAGGCGCAUCCUUCAGUAGGGACCGCAGAAGCAUCACAGAGCUGGGGCUGAGAUGUGCGUGGGGGUUGUUUUUGUUGCAUCUUGGAAGAGAAGAGGACAGCAUCAAGAUCAGUGCCAACCGUGCUGGGUGGGCUUAGGGGUGUUUUGUUAGGGUUGAGGAAGGACAAGGAGUGUUGGGCCCGCCAGAGGUCCACAGCUCUUUAAAGGAAAGGGAAGAGGGAACCAAAGUGAGGUGUUGUUUUUAGGCGGUGGGAAAAGAAGUUCGUACUCCCACAAAAGAGCUGCCGAGAGGCAGGAGCAACAGGGUACUGGUCUGGACGCCAAGACAAACAAUUUCCUGUACAGAAGAGGAAGCAGGCGGCAGGGAGGUCUGGAGGCCAGAGUGUGGUGGUGGCAAGGGCCAGGUCUGUUGUGGGACAGUCAGCAGGAGGAAGGGAAGGUUCAGGAACAAGCGGGACGAUGACUCAUUUACAAGCUGGUCUCUCUCCUGAGACCCUGGAGAAAGCUCGCCUGGAGCUGAACGAGAACCCAGACACAUUGCACCAGGACAUCCAGGAGGUGAGGGAUAUGGUCAUCACCAGGCCGGACAUUGGCUUUCUGCGCACAGAUGAUGCCUUCAUCUUACGCUUCUUGCGGGCCAGGAAGUUUCAUCACUUUGAAGCUUUCCGCCUUCUGGCCCAGUACUUUGAGUACCGGCAGCAGAACCUGGACAUGUUCAAAAGCUUCAAGGCCACUGACCCUGGAAUCAAGCAGGCACUGAAAGAUGGCUUCCCUGGGGGCCUGGCCAAUCUGGACCACUAUGGCAGGAAGAUUCUAGUCCUUUUUGCAGCCAACUGGGAUCAGAGCAGGUACACACUGGUGGAUAUUUUGCGUGCCAUCUUACUUUCUUUAGAAGCUAUGAUUGAAGAUCCUGAGCUUCAAGUGAAUGGAUUUGUUUUGAUCAUAGACUGGAGUAACUUCACCUUCAAGCAAGCCUCCAAACUUACACCAAGCAUGCUGCGACUGGCUAUUGAAGGCCUUCAGGAUAGUUUCCCAGCACGAUUUGGAGGAAUUCAUUUUGUCAAUCAGCCAUGGUAUAUCCAUGCCCUGUAUACCGUGAUCCGGCCUUUCCUAAAGGAGAAGACUCGGAAAAGGAUAUUUUUGCAUGGUAACAACCUGAACAGUCUACACCAACUAAUUCAUCCUGAGAUCCUGCCUUCUGAGUUUGGAGGAAUGCUGCCCCCUUAUGAUAUGGGAACGUGGGCAAGAACACUGCUAGAUCACGAGUACGAUGAUGACAGUGAAUACAAUGUGGACUCCUACAGUAUGCCUGUAAAAGAGGUGGAAAAGGAACUCUCUCCCAAGUCCAUGAAGAGAUCCCAGUCGGUAGUGGAUCCUACAGUACUAAAACGCAUGGAUAAAAAUGAAGAAGAAAACAUGCAACCUUUGCUCUCUCUGGACUGAUAAAUUCUCUACACUCUCCAUGGAUUAGAAAUGGAAGGUACUUGUUUUCAGCAACAGGGACAGCACUGUGGAAGAAUGACCAGCUGGAAACUUAUUUAUUCAUGUUAAUGUAGCAUAAUAUAUAAUAAGGCAUUGGGCUUUCCCAUUUGCCUGAACCAUGGGUGCCCUGGUCUGGAGUUAAAGAAAAAAGUCAAUAAUUUAUUCUGUAAGUGCCAAGUUCUUUGUAAAUAUAAUGUAAUCUUCAUGUCAAGUUUGUAAACUUUGGUAGUAACUUAAAUUGGAAAAGAUUGGCUCGAGACCAUACCAGUGAUAUGAAUUAUACAAAAACUAGAAAAGACACAUACGCAAUGGAAGCUAAUUAAAUGUAGCCCUGUUUCCUAUGAAGCCAUAUUUCAGCUAUCAUAGUGAUUGUUUCAUUGUUUUUCUCUGAAGUUGUCAUAUUCCAAUGUACUUUUAAUGGACACAGGUAACUAGAUGAUUCUAGGAAAUUAGUAUGAUAAGUGUAUUUCCUGUCUAGUGAUUUUCAUUUCACACAAAAUGUGUCCUAGUGACUAUCACUGGCCUUGAAUUUUGGAGACAAGGAAUGGCAGAGGAGCUGGUAAACUAAACACUUGAACUCUUCUAUGUUGUUUAAUUCCUGGAGUCUUGUGAAAGGAUAUGUUCCCCAUAUUAAGAUGUCGAAUUCUGAAAGAGAGUGGAUUUUUUUUAAACUGCUGUCUUCACAACGUGUCUUUUAUUUAAGACCCCAUUGUAUCGUUUCUCGGCCUUUUGGCUAAGAUCAAAUGUAGUAUUUAAGACCCCAUUGUAUCCCUGUCUAAUGUACUUUAAGAACAUUCCCCCCCCAAAAAAAACUCUUUGACCAAGAGAAAGACAACUCAUACGUGAAUAGUGUUUUGACAGCUAAUUUUGGGCAUAAAAGUUGCCAUGUACGGAUAAGGGGCUAAUUUCUAAUUCUUGUGCACUGGUUGGAAACAUAAACAUAUAUAUUCACAUGCACAUAUAUAUUUUUAUUGAGCUCUAAUAAAUUCUUGAUGUGACAGGCUUAUAAAAUAAAUCAUACAUAUUCAAUGGUCUUAGAGAUGUUAUAAAUGAUUAUGUGAGAUACUAACUCUGGAAAACUACUUCUGCUAAAGUUAAUGAAAAUGAUGUUUAGUGAAAUAGACUUUCAGUGAACCUGUUUAAGGGAAUUCCAAUUUAAUUUGUAAUGCAAUCUUGAAUCUGUGCCAUUUUAGUGAAAAAAAAUUUUCCUUUAAAAAACAACAGGUCUCAACGUAACAUAGGUUUUAGGUGACCAAGAGUAAUACAAUUUUUCUCAAAAAUCCAAGUAAUUAUCUUAAUGACUCUGUAAGUACAGAUUUUCUUUUCAGAAAAGACUGAAGGAACAUAUUGCAUCCAUAAGACAUAAUGAAAGCUUCUGAGGGCAUCUGAGAUAGCAUAUUAUAAUUCAAAUCUAGAUGUGGAAUCCUUAUGUUAUUUAGUUUUUAUUUCAUAGAAAUUGUACAAUUAUAGCACAUUUUAAAAAUCUUACUUUAAAUUUCAAAUCCCAGUGUGAAAAAGCAAGAUUUUUACCACCUCUUCAGAGUGACGAUUUUUGAGAUCGAAAAUUUACCACUAAAAUAUUCUUUUGAAAGAAACAUAUCUCAAGGAGCUCUUGGAAACCAACAGAAAUAAAGGCAUGUAGCAGCUUUUAUAUAUUUUUGGCCAAAAGCUUCAAAAAUUCCAGUGACAAUUCUAUAGCCAAAAGUCUUAAAAUCAAGAUCAGGACACCAAUCUGCAGUCACACUGAUGGCCUAUCUAACAUUUGUAAAAAUACAUAAUCUAUACAUAAAUAAUAUGAUUGAAAUACACCUUAGAAAUGCCAACCUCAAGGAAGUACAGAAGAAUAACAACUGUCAGGUACUCUGCCCUGCCCAUAAAUAUGAUAGAGAUUAGAAUGACCUGGGGAUAAAAAGCCACAGCAACUCUUAUCUUUGUUAGAACCCUACCCAUGAGAUUCUUACGUUUUUGCCUACCUGAUGUACAUUUUAUAGUCUUGGACUUCAUAUACUACAGAAGCAAGUGUUAGGCAAUAGGAUGCAUUAGGAUAAAAGAGAAACAAAGUACAGAAGGAUUGCCAACUUUUCAGUCUCAUGUGUUUCUCUUGAAAUACACUAUUUAUUGGCAUUUUUUAGGAUUCUACCAGCUUCAGAUGUCAACUAGUAUAGCCAGCUUCUUUCCCCUCUCAUAAGGCUAGUGUCAUAUGUAAAAAUAACCAGAAAGGCAUAUUUUAUGUGUAUACAUACCUAUCUAAGUAUGAUUCCCACUAUCUCCCUUGCCCAACAUCUGGAAACUUCAUUUCCCAUUGCUGUGUGUCUGUUCUUCUUCAAAUGAGCAAUUCAGAGUUGGCUGCAUUGUGUAAAAUAUUUUUAAAUGAAUGAAAAAAUUACAACAAUGAUGCCUUUUGAAAUUGCUUUAUCUAGUUCAAUCUGUGAGUAGACUCGUUUUCCAGGAAUGUUUUUGGAGCUGCUUGGUCAAGGGAUAUUUGGUCAACUCUAUAAAUUUUCCCUUCAGCACCAGCUAACUUGCACCAUUUAGGGAUGCUUUUUCCUGAUGCGAUAUUCUGUGUUAUAUCUAUUGUCACAUAACUUCAUAAAUAAGCACCCCCAUGUUCUUUCAAUUUAAUUGUGAUAGUCCUCUCUCUCUGUCUCGCUCUCUCUCUCUGUCUCACACACACACACAUACAUACACACGCCACACACACCACACACACACACACACACACACACACACACACAGCUGUUUGCCCUCAUGGAUUUGCCUAUUUUGAGAUCUAUGCUUUACUUUUGUAGCCGUCGUUAUUGAAAAUAGUAGACAUCAAAGAAUUACCACAUUUCAUUUGGAAUAGGCCAGUUGUUCGUACUUCUCGCACCCUGCCUGUUCUGCCAGCUAGUUCUUAUAUCCUUUCUUCCUUCCAUUGUUUCAGGGGCGGCUGCUUCCAAAGCUAGUUUAAAAAUAAAUAGCUUUCCUUUUAUUGUCAGUGAUAUUUAUACACAUUUUUGCCUGAUAUUUUUAAAGGAAGAGAUUAUCGUGAAAAUACACUCUAAGAAAUAUGAAGAAGUGCCUCUUUAAAAAUGAGAUAAAGCAGUGAUACUAGAAUAUGGAUUCUAUUUAUAUUCUCUUUGGAAAAGUAAAUACAUGCAUCUAUGUCAUAAGGGUGAAAUAUAAAUAUCAUUUGAAGAAGGAUAUUGAGGCCUUGCUUUGAACAUUCCCAUAGAGUAUUAAGUCUUUAUUGUGUAAGUUCAAUACCGUAACUUGAACACGUUAUUGACAAGUCUGGCAUUAUGCUAAAACAAUAUACAAGUAUUUGUUCAAGGAAGUUUUUGAAGUGGGCAUGCAUGAUUUCUUUUAUUUCGGUAAUAGUUUGCUUAGUGUAGGCAGACAUUCCUUGAGUCUUUUCACAGAAAAAUGCUUGUUUAUUUUACCAUACUGAAAAUUCAUACAUUCAUAAGCAGGAAAGCCAAGCAGCUAGGUUCUCUCUAAUAUUGUUAACUAGGUCACAUUGUUAAAGUAAAUAUUUGAAGUUUCUGUACUAUUCCCGAGGGAGCAGAGGUCCCUCUAAUGCAUCAAGAAAAUGGAGCAUUGUUUUAGACCUCGGGGAACAUGUUUGUCACUCACAAAAAGAAACCCUUAGAGCCAUGGCAGAGUGUAUCUUCAGAAACAGAUUUCCUUUCCUUCUACAAACAACCUAAAGGUUUAUGGAUGUGUCUGUGACCCCUUAGAGAAAUUAUAUGAAGAAAACCUGCUGAGAGGCUAUGUAUUCUGUUGUUGUAUCUAAAUGUCUAACUGAUCUGGUUAGUUAAUAACUUUUUUGAUUCUUAUUUUGUGUGUAUUUAUUGAUGAUUACUUGAAAAGCUGCCAUCAGCCAUCAGGACAUUUUAGAGUGAUUUUCAACACACAAAAUAAAAGGAGCAAAGGUCUGGCAUGAUAUUUGAACUUUCAGAUAUAGUAUUUACAUUUUUACAUCAAUAAGCUCAUAGGCAUAUAUUCCUUUUUAAGUAUGCUAUAUAGAUAUAUAGCCUAAAAAAUAGUGGUGCAUUUUAAAUUUAUGAUACCAUUAGAUCAUUUAAGAAUCAGCAAGUUACAUACAAUGUAUUGGCACAAAAGUACAAGAUUGGCUAAAUAUCCAGGAUGUGUAAUUAUUUCAGUAGUAAAAAGGAUUUGUUUUUUUUGUGUUCAUUUUAGUUGAAAGAAAACUGAUUUCAACGUGCAGUUGGAAUUAUUUAACACUAUUUGCUAGUUGAAAGGUGGCAAAUAAGUAAGACUACAAAAGGAGACUUGACUUUGAAACAUUAUUAUAUCUUGAUCUUAGUGGCUUAAAGAAUGUAAGUUUUCACAAGUUCAAGUUUUUAUUUUGUAAACAUCCAUAGGUUAACCCCACACAUGGAGAUACUAUUAUGGAGUCUAUUCUGUGAUAAGUGUGGGAAUUUAUUCCUUUGCAUUGUGGGAAAAAAUAUAAAGUAGCAAUUCUGUGGAUUGAAACAGCCAAAUUUUACUGUUUUUCAAAGGUGGAGGGUGCAAAUGAUACUUUUUAAAUUAAGAAAAAAACCAAAUAUGCAUAGAUUUAAAUACAAUGAAUGCACUUUUCUAGUAGAUAGUGGACAUGUUACAAUUCAGAAGGUGUUGGUCAAUAUUUGGCUUAGUUUCAAGUUUCAAUGCAAAUAUUUGUAUCUUUAAUGAUAUCAAUUCAUUUAUUCUGUCAAAAUUAUUUUUGUGGUGAAUGAGAGAGACCUCAGUGAAAACUGAAAUAAAUGUUAAUAGAACUUUCAAGAGUUAAUCAAUCCCCAACUAUUUUGAAAAAUUGCAAUGGACUAUAAAUGGUUUACAUAUAAUAGAGUUUCAAGCAUUGUCUUAUUUCUAAUCUAGUUUUCAGCUUUCAGACUUAUUUAGAAGAUAAAUAAAAUUCCAAAACCACAUACUUUUUUUUUUCCAAACUGUCCAGAAAGAAAACAAAACAAGAUGUCUAAGAGGUAAUUUAUAAAAGUCCUACAUAAGAAUACAAGCACACUGUUUACUAUUUGGUUUAAAUACCUAUGACCUUUUGAGGGAGUGAUUUAUUCCAAUACAACAUUAUAAAUGGUAUAAUAUAAUUUUUGAAUAAAUACAUUUCUGCUUUAAAAAUAAUUUUGCAUAUGGUGAAUGUUGAAUUUGGUAGUAUUGGAUCUGUUGCACCUGUGAAAUGUAAAUUUCUAAAAUAUCAUCUAAAAAUGGACAAUAACUUUCUUUUUAGAGAAAUUUUAGUUAGCUAUUUAGGUUAGGAUAUCUGAGAUUUUCUGACAUUUACAUGUUUGGAGCUUAAAGGAGAAAACAUUUCAUUUAAUCAAAACAUCAUUUUUAGUAUUCUGUAAGUUUUAGACAAGAUUUCAAAGGAUAGUUUGAAUGAAGAAGUGAAUUAACUUUUAAGUUGCAUAUAGCAAUGCAGAUGACCAUUAAAUAGCUGAUAUUUUCACUUUUGACGUAAAGUUGUGAGAUUAGACAUACAUUCAAAAUUAUAAAGAAGCAUUGAUUUAAAUAAAUUCUAUUAAACAUAACUCCAUUUCAAACUAUUAAAUAAAAUAAAGUUAUUCAGCCUGACUUGGAAAAAAUGCUUAAUAAAUACACAUUUGUGUCUUCUGGGAGUUCCCCUCAUUUAACUUACCUAUAGAUGAAAAGUUAUCUAAUGAGGGAAAAGAGGCAUUUAGCCAGAACCCUCUGUAAUAGACUUUAUGACUUUGUCUGGCUCAGAUGCAGAUGAUUUUCCUGUACACAGGUUUUGAGAUUAUUAAGGAUCAUUAUCGCUGCCUCUUUGUAAAGCCAUGUCAGGAAGGGGCCAUGUUUCUAGCAGCAACUGAAGAAGCAUCACAAGUGGGAAUGAAUUCAGGACAACCAAAGAAUGCAAGAAAAACCAGAGAUAUGGAAUUCUUUCCGCACUAAAAAGUACAUUAAAGUGUAUUAAAGUGUACAUACAGAAAACGCUUUCAAAAUGUCAAGGGUUUCUGAUAUCAAGACUUAAAUACUUGGCCAAUAAAAGAGUCCAUGGGGACAUGAUGGUCAA